UUCGGUUACCCCUAAUUUCCCAGGAAAAGAUUUUCAGUCGUAUCUACAAGAUCAUCCAGAUUCAACCUCCCCAGAUCUUGUGCAAGUUUCGUUGAGCAGCAUUGUUUAAAGAUGUUCACAGAAGAAGUCUUGAAGAAUGUUUUUCCAUUGCUUGAAGGAGAAGAUCUAGCAGCUUGUAUGGGUGUCUGCAAACAGUGGAGACACAUAGCAAAGGACGAUUUUUACUGGAAAUGUCAAUGCGCCAAGAAAUGGCCUUCCGUCUGCAAACGAACCAAACCGCCCACCGGAACAUACUACAAGAUGUUUCAAACGUUUAGCAAACGGAGGCUAAACCGUACCCUCCCUCCUCCAAGGCUCUCCUUCGAGAACUUGGAGUUCUUCGUCGACAUUUGGUCCGAAGAUAAACCGGUUUACUCCGGUUUAAUUCCCGGUCUUGCGAUGGAAACGGGAAUCAAACCUUUACCAUCAGGAAUCAGCAACGUUCUUAGGACUCACUUAGCGAAACCUGAUUACAAAAUGGUUGUUCCCGCUGAGCCUAGAUUCACUGUUCCGUUAAACCAGACGGUUAGUGUCUCUAUGCUUGUGGGAAGGAAUGAUUCAGACAAGGUUGCUAGGAUAAUCAACCGGUCUGUCUUUGAGUAUAUCGACCGUUCGUCCUACCGGGCUCUUGCUUUUGAGUAUCUUGACUUAUCUCCUUAUUACCCUUUUGUCUCGGGGAUACGAGCAUGGGUCUCUUUGCUUUUCAUGGAUGCUGAGGAUAUAAACGAUGGGGUUCUCGACGUUUUUGGGAUUCAGUUGGAUUUCUGUGAUGUUGCUGAGACUAAAGAAGAGGUUUUGUGGCUUCUUGAUAUGCUUGAUUGGAAAUGAAAACAUGCAUCACAUUAGAGCUCUUACAGUUGUAACUCUGUAGGCACAAAUGUUCUUUGGUCCUGUACUAAUCUUUUUAAAACACACGCUAUUUUUUUCUUUUUUUCGUUUAACACUAGUUUGAUUUUGUUCUUUAUAAAUAAUAUACCGUU